AUGGAAGAGAUUCCCCACUCUUCGUACGAUAUCAAGGAUCUCCGCUCGAUGCCCCAAGGUCUGAGAGUUUUCCUCAUCGCACGGAUCGUCCAGGAAGUUGUGCCGAAUCCGGACGACAAUGCGCAGUACGAUUCUCGAAACCUGGAAUUGAUUGAAUACGCCAAAUUCCUGGAGCGAAAGACGUUUGAGAAUAUGGAAACUCCGGAUAAAUACUAUGUGGAACUGGCUGGAAUCAUUCACGGCAUCCAGAAACGUUUGAAGCUGAGACCACCUGGUGACGUCAAUGAUCGUGAGUUUGCGGGCAAGAGAUACUGCUGUCUAUAGGUUUCUCUUGCGGUCAAAGCCAACGAGAGAAACAAGGCUUUAGGGUUACGGUAAUUUUCAUUUUUCAGCGUACUCAAACAUCCCACCCUCCGACCAGUUGGCAGCGUUCAUGGGACUUACUAAGGAAGAGAUUGAAGAGCAUAACCAGGAGCAAACCCCUCAAGGGCCAUCCAAUACCACGCCGAUACUGUCCAUGGACACCGUAACCCCAGAUAUAAGACUGAUUGUUGUGGGAAAGCUGUGCAAAUUGCUCUUCCCACCUCCGGACACCAGUUCCAUACUCGAUGGAAGAAUGAGUAAGAUCAUCAGAAAGCUCAAAAAGAUCGAGGCGGAAUCGUUCAAAAAAGCGGAGCACCGGGACGAUUAUUUCGUUAGGAGCACUGUAAAGGCCUACAUGCUUCAUAAAAUUAUGAAGAAAAAGGGAAAGUCGUAUAUUGGAGGUUAGUUAAGCAGUAAUAAGUGGUCAAAGGUUACGGUAUCUUUUCAGAACCCGUCAGACAACACGCUCCUGCACUUUCGAAUGAGUCAGUGGACAGAAGUGAAGGCCCUUCUGCUUCCAGCUAA